AUGUCGGCCUUCGGAGGGUCUUGUUCACGCCUCUCGGCGGCCAACCUGAGCUUCAGAAAUCCCCGAAGAGGAUCGUCUCAUGUUAAUCUUCCUGAAGCAAAGGGAUCAGCUAAAACGUCGUCACGCGUGAAGGUGAUGAACCUCAAACCGCUGGAGGAGAUGGUAACCUGUCCCAUUGAUUUAAAUUUCCUCGAGGACCCACGUCUGCUUCCCUGUGGUCACGUGUUCUGUCGUCAGUGUCUCGACUCCUACAUCCGCCAGAUUGUCUCCCGUCCCCAGAGAGGCGCUUCUACCAGUCGCCCUCAGUUGCCGUGUCCCAUUUGUCGCGCGCCUCACACGAUACCUGAGUCGAAUACUGCUCGUGACUAUCCAAAGUCGUUCAACCACAGCAUGAUCCUCGAAUACAUUCGUAGCCAAGCCUUUAUGGUUGAGCCCAGCGAUUCUGGAACGUGUAGUGGGGGGCCAAGCUCGUCACAUAGCAGUUUUCACAGCCCCUCGCCCAUGGGGCGUCGUAAGACCUCCCUAAAUGUUACCUCCGACGCGCUGAAUAGUCUUGUCGCUGACAUUGUCGCUCUCAAGCGAAGCAAAAGCAAUACUGUCUUGAAUUUGGCUCAGCUGCUUCACGGGGUGCGCAAGUUGGCAGAAUCGUCAGAACUAAAACAAUGUCAGCAACAGGAACAGCAACCACAAGGAUCACCAACUCCCUUCAACCUACCAGAGCCCGAAAUGGUUGAACCAUCAGCGCCUCCAGCUCUCCCAUCCGCCCCAGAGACGAAGAGAGUUGCGUCAUCAAGAAAACAGCGGAACGACACUUCACGAAGAAGUAGUAGUGGGAGGUUUCGUUCGGCUGCCAGUCAUGCUCUUGGUACGGGAACGCGUCGAUCAGAUACUGAAAGAUUAAGUUACGUCACCUACCGUGAACUUUUGACAGCUAGGACUAUGAUGAUGAGAAAUUCUGACUACGUGUGCCUCUGGAAGGCCCUUGGCCAAUGCGAUGGGAUGCCACGUGAAACUAUUCCUCAUAUUGGUAUGCAUCUGUUGCCUAAUCAGUCAAAAACCCACGUAAUUCAGUACACAAUUGGUACCGAUGGAACUAGCAGUGUGCUUCACUUGUGGCGCAGAAGAGUACCCAUUCAUCCCGGCCGUGAGAGUUUUACAAUUUCUGCAAAUUCGGGGAAAUCAUCUGAGAAGGAUUCCGAAGCUAUUCUUCGGCAACGCUGGAGUCUAGACGACAUCUCCAACAUGGGGAAACUCGAGGUACAAUACGUUCGUUUCUUUAAAAACCGCAUUUACAUGACGGUGAUUGUUCGACAACCGGGCCAGACUGUUGGUAUCUCCGAGGAUACCGCGAUUUCGGCUGAUCUCAUCGACCCAGGCCUAGUGAUUUGCUGUGCCCUGCCAGAUCCGGAUCACAAAUUCACAUCUGACGAGCUUGCUGGUGGUGAUUCUGCGAGGAACAAGUUUAGUACAAUCGACGUCUCAAGCAUCUUCCUUCGUGAUGCGGUAGGCAUGACUCAGCUCGAACGACCCACAGUCGCGGGUCUAGAUGUCGACCGAGUGACUGGUGCCAUUUAUGUUGCCCUCUGUGCCAACGCCAUGGUCUGUCGUCUCAAUCCAGACGAUCUGAAGCAGGUUGACAGAGAGUGGUUUCUGAACAAUCCCCAACUCUCUCCGUCUUUUCUUUGCAUCUCCAGGCAGGAAAGUGAAGUGUGGGCGAGUUGUCCGCUGGAUGACAAGGUCUUCAUUCUCGACCUCACCACCGACACAUUCACGCAGUUCACUCCUAGUGUUAUGUUUAACAUUGUACCCUCCCACAUUAUUUGCACUACUGAUGAGCGUAUAAUGUUGCUGGAUAAGAAGUGGUCAAGGAUCUACUGGCUCCAGCGCGUGCAGCAGAGCAUUUGCAGUCAGCGCAUCGACCACACAAUGAAAGAGAGGAAGAAGAGAGGCAUCGAUAUAAUACAACCUGUUGACGAUACUUUAUUGGGCGAAUGUUUGGCAGCCUCUAGAACAAAACACUUUUGUGGGGGAAUAAUGUGCGCCGACAGGAAGGGAGCCUACCUUAUCUAUCCUCGCAGGUUAGAGUCAAAUAGACAUUUGACGAUUGAGGUAUUCUUAAAAAGGAGCAAGGAGUACCAACAUGGAAGUCGGUUUCUCAUAACUGCACAAAUGGGCAAAGAGGGUGUGAACACAAAACAGGAAGACCGAACAGGUGUUGCACAGUCUCUUUCUUGUCGGCCUUCGCCUUUGGUUAACGCAGGAUCAUAUACCACGUACCUGAGAUUAAAACAGUAUACGAAUAAACUGAAUCUAACCAUAGGGCAAAAAACGAAGAUCCCUGAAAGAGGAAAUCCCAAUCCAAUGAUGCUGACUUGCCCCUACAAGAUCAUGGCCUUGGUUGGGUAUUCGUCGAGUGAAGAUGAAGAUGGGUGCAAGGAUAAGGAGCAUUCCGUUUUGCCUUCAUUUACCUAUGACGUCGAAGGUGAUAGAGUGCGCUUCGCUGAAUCGGGUAGGAAAUCCCAUUCCGAUGGGCGAGUACGCGGCUUUGCUCAUAAGCAUGGCAAUUGGGCCACUUGCGUGUUCCUUCCGGCUAGUGCACCACUUGAACUGUUCUUCGGUGUUCUUCUGAAUAACAUUGACACGACUCUUUCUCGAUGCGAACAGCACUUUCAUCCCUGUGAGGAUUUUCAUUUGAGUGUGACGAAAACUUGGCCUAUCCUCCAUCACUGGAUUGUAGGUUUUACUGAAGCGGUUCGUGGAAUCGCUGCGACCCACCAAAGGUUUACACCGACUACUCCUUAUGUAUCAUUAGGCCCUGCAUUACACUUGGAGUCUGACUUUCUAAAUCGUAUUGUGAGCGAUCUCGAUCCUAUAGUUGCUUCAUACCAAGGAGAACCGUAUUACGAGGUAAACACUUUCAUUUAUUACAAUAAUGGCACUUACUAUCAGGAUCGUAUCUUUCACUUCAGUCUUUCCUGGUGUCUCGGCGACGUAGAAAAUAUCGUCUCUCCUAAUUGGAAGAAAACCUGUCUGCACGUCAUCAUAAGCAGCGAGCGAGCCGUCAUGGUGGGUGAUCCGUCCGAACACUAG